AUGUCCGGGUUUCAGAACGGUUGGCAAGUCUUGAUACAAAACUUCCCUCCCAAGCCCAAGUUCAAAACGGACCAAAUUCCGGACCUUUCGGGUCGGGUCGCGAUCGUCACCGGCGGCAACGGAUGGAUAGGCUACGAGACCGCCAAAGUCCUCCUCCAGCACGGCACGAAGGUAUACAUCGCCGCGCGCUCCAAGAGCAAAGCCGACGCCGCCAUCGCCGCGCUCGCGCAGGACACUGGCAAAGACGCGCUCUUCCUCGAGCUCGACCUCGCCAGUAUCUGGGGCACGAACGUCCUCGGGCACUUCUACCUCGCCGAGCUCCUCCUCCCCGCGCUCGCCGCCGCGGGGGGCGCGCGCGUCGUCACGACGUCCUCCGCCGGGGCGUACCUCGGCACGCUCGAGUACGCGACGAUGCGGGACGGGCCCGCGCGCCGGGCGAAGACAACGGAGGAGCUGUACUACCAGAGCAAACUGGGGAACGCGGUCGUGGCGCACCAGGCGGCGAAGCGGUACGCCGACAAGGGCGUCGUGUCCAUCUCCGUCAAUCCCGGUAAAGCGCCCCGCCUUUUCGGUCGUCGCACCAACGCCACGAUCCUCCAGCCUGCCCCGUUCGGCGCGCUCACCCAGCUCUUCGCGGCGACGAUGCCGGAGGCCGCCCAAUACAACGGCGAGUUCCUCAUCCCGUACGCACGCUUGGGCAAGUGCCGCAAGGAAGUGUACGACGACGCGGUAGGCGAAAAGCUCUGGAAGUGCCUCGAGGGCGAGGUUCGUGCGUUCGAGAGCGUGAUACCCGAGUAG